AGCAGGGCACUUGCAGGAGCACUUCACAAGACUGGCUUUCAGUGUAUUGGACCGGACUUGUGGUAUCAGCAACCUGACUACUUUGCAGCUGACUCAAUUCUUGGUGCACAGUGGUGGCAAGAUUUGAAACAGACACACCAGUCAACAUGAGCACAGCAGGCAAAGUAAAUUCACUGAGUUCAGUCCUCGACCCAGCCUUGGACUGAGCAUGGCAAACAGUGUGUUGUGAUGGAACUCAACUGCUUUGUUUUCACUGUGUUUAUCUUGGAGUAAUAUGUUAUUAAAUGCAAAGCAGCAGUAAUGUGGGAAGCCAAUAAACCAUUUUCUAUUGAGGAAGUGGAAGUUGCCCCACCAAAAGCACAUGAAGUUCGCAUCAAGAUUGUGGCCACAGGGAUCUGUCGCUCUGAUGACCAUGUGAUAACUGGUGCACUGGUUAUGCCUUUGCCAAUAAUUCUUGGGCAUGAAGCAGCUGGUGUUGUGGAGAGUGUUGGGGAGGGAGUAACUUCAGUCAAACCAGGAGACAAGGUUAUUCCACUCUUUGUUCCACAGUGUGGGGAAUGCAAAAGUUGCUUAAGCACCAAGGGGAAUCUGUGCAGUAAAAAUGACCUUGGUUUAGGUUUUGGAUCAAUGCCUGAUGGCACAACUAGAUUCACUUGUAAAGGAAAAGCAAUUCACCAUUUUAUGGGUACAAGUACCUUCACUGAAUACACAGUAGUGCAUGAAUCUGCUGUUGCCAAAAUUGAUUCUGCUGCUCCUCUGGAAAAAGUCUGUCUUAUUGGCUGUGGAUUUUCCACUGGUUAUGGGGCUGCUUUGCAGACCGCCAAGGUGGAACCAGGCUCUACCUGUGCCAUCUUUGGCCUUGGAGGAGUUGGCCUCUCUGUUGUCAUGGGCUGCAAGGCAGCUGGAGCUUCCCGCAUCAUUGCUGUUGAUAUCAAUAGUGACAAGUUUGCCAAGGCCAAGGAGCUGGGAGCCACCGACUGUAUCAACCCUAAAGAUUUCCAGAAGCCCAUCCAGGAAGUGAUCACUGAGAUGACUGGCCAUGGUGUGGACUACUCCUUUGAGGUCAUCGGCCGUACUGAAACCAUGACUGCAGCCUUGGCCUGUUGCGAAUACAACUAUGGUGUCAGUGUGAUUGUGGGAGUGCCUCCGGCAGCACAAAAUAUCACUCUUGACCCCAUGCUCCUCUUCACUGGUCGCACCUGGAAAGGGUCUGUCUUUGGAGGCUGGAAGAGCAAAGAUUCAGUUCCUAAACUCGUUGCUGACUACAUGAAGAAAAAAUUUGUUCUGGAUCCAUUAAUAACCCACACACUUCCUUUCAUUAAAAUCAAUGAAGGAUUUGAUCUGCUAAGGACAGGGAAGAGUAUUCGCAGUGUCCUGGUGCUUUAGAAUUCCCAGUUAUUAAGCAGCAGGAGGCUCACCACCAGUACAAACUUCAUUAUCCUCCAAUACAACUGAUACAAAAUACUAAUCAAGACAUUUAUGAAAGGUCUACCAUGACCACCUUUGAAUAAAAGGAUCAAGCUCAAACCCCAGACUGCAGGAACAGCGUUUAUAAAUUAUCUUUUUAAUCCUUUUCCUGAUUCUUGCUUUAAAUCCUCUGUAUCAUGCACAAUUUUCUUUUAAUAGCUAGUUCUGAAUUACAGGACUUACUACUGUCAUGGGUGUUAGGAAAGCUUAGGAUUUUUUAAAACAGCUUUUAACAUGCAAUCUUUUAAUAAAAGAAAAAUUAAGGAAA